GCAAAUGACCCUACGGAGGUCCCUCGAUGUCCCUCCUCCCCUUAUUUAAGGCCCGAAAGCGCCCUUAUUUCGGCCUUUCCGCCAUCCAGGGACACGCCAGGACGUCCCUCGGGUCCUCCGAAGGGCGCGAACGAGGAUAAGGAAGGCAAACGAGCGCAAAUAAGGCGGCCCGGGGGGAGGAGGAGGAAGAAGAAGAGGAGGAUUCCCGAGGAAGGAGAGCGAGAAGAAGAAGAAGGGCGAAGUUUACCGCCAUUUUGUUUUCUCGCUCAGCCUCACCACUAAAGAGCAGGAGAGACGUUUGUUUAUUAUGAGUUUUGCCGUCCUGCGGAGGACCUGCCACGGUGUGAGGCGUGCCCACUGCCCCGUCGAAGCCCGCCGCCCCUUCGGAGGAGAGGAGGGAGGCCGUCGGGAGCGGAAUCAUGGCGGCAGGAGGCCGAGAGUAGAGCGGGAGUGAGGGCAAGAAGGACACGGCCGACCCAAACAAACCACCCUCCUGCAGGAGCGGAGGACGAAAGUGUCGUCGCUUCUUCUUCUUCUCUCGCCAAGGGCGUCGUCGCCGCCGCCCUUACCGCCCCUUCGGCGCCGCCGGCGGGUAGCUGGGUGGUGUCGCUGGCUGGCCGCGCGCGUGACGGACCGCGGCGCACGGACGCGGGGGCGGAAAUAAGGGAAAAAAAAAAAAGUUUGGGGGCGGGCGUGCGUUCUAGGAUGCCCUCCCCGCCUCGCCCGCGCCCACAAGACGCCGUUGGGCAUCAUCAUCAUUACAGUAGCUAUAGCAAACCGCCCGCACGCCCAUAUCGCCGCCUACAAACUGGUGAAAAAUAAGUGAUAUAAAAUAUAUAUAUAAAACCAUUUUUAUUCUCUCGAAUCGACGCCUAGUAUUUUUAAAUAUUUUUUUUUUUUAAGUGAUCGAAUUGAGUGAUCGUUUGGUGUCUCUGUGGCGUCGCAGAGAUGACUGACUGACUGCCUUAAUAGUUAGGCGUUGAUUGAGCCCAUGGUUGAGCAUGGCGACGUGGGAGGCGCCUUUGGACAACAGAGUUCUGUGGUAAUACGACGCCUGCCAUGAAGUGAACGCACACACACACACACACACAGUACGCCAGUGGUUGUAUGGAGCACGGAGAUCCGUACAGAAGCGCCAUGUCUCAUCCCACCACAGCUGACAAAAGCAGAGCUCCUUACCACGCUACAUAUACUGAUCAGGAUAUGAUGUUGAGCGAAGAGGAGGAGGAAAGCGCCACUCUCGCUGAGCCCAUGACCCUGGAGGGAGCCAAGCAGCUGGCCCAGACUUCCGCCGCCGUGGUCGUCCCGGCCUCCACUCCCACGCCACCCGCUGUCUCCCCCCCAUCCCACACACUCGUCACCCCUCCCUUGACAUCCCCCCACCAUCACCACCACUUGACUUCCCCGCCCCCGCCUCCGACCGGCCAACACCAACUUCCGCAUCUCACUCCGGCCUUGCCCCACCACCACCACAUAUGGGGUCCUGCGUCCGUUCCACACGAGGGGGAGGAGGAGGAGGAGGAGGAGCAGGAGAACCUGCCAUCCACCGUCGACAUUCAGGCCAUUCGGCAAUCAAGAUCAAAAGAUCGCACCAAAGCGACCACUCACCUCGGCCCCAACUUGCAGGAUUCCCCCUCGCCCGACCGAUCCCAGGCACAACUCAUCACCAUCGAUGAGAACUGGGACCGGAUGGAUCAUAACUCGGGAGACGAUGACUCGGACGAAGAGGACUCGGACACGGACGUUUCGGAGUCCGAGUCGGACUCCAGGCUGAGCUCCAGGUCCCACUCCAGGUCGUGCUCGCCGUCGAGGGAGAGCAUCAAGUCUUUCACCAGGUCGAGAUGCGAAUCUCGGUCACCCUCUCCCUCGAACUCAAGAUCGGACAGCGGCAGUCAGGAUUCGGACUCGGACAGUUCAGCCUGGAGCGACAGCAGCUCCUCAGGGUCAGACGACGAGAGGAAGAAGGAUGAGGGCGACAGAGACUCCAGCCCGGUCAACAAGCCCCUUCCCAGGAGGAAGCCGCAGCUAACGGCCCCCAAGCUGACCCUGAACGAUCACACGGAAGGCGACGGGAAAAAUGGAGACUCCCUUCGGAAGUCCUCGGGCGACCUGCCGGGCUCGGAGUCUGCCGGGAACAAGUCUCCCGCGCUGACGUUCUCCACAUCUUCGGCAACUUCCAUCACGAGCGUCGGUUUUGCCGUCAGCAAGAUCUCCCAGGCGGAGGACAGAGUGCUCGUCAAGAGCCCUCUGCACUACCAUCAAGGGAUGACGGCGAGGCUGGACAUCGACAGGGCCAUCAACAGCAAGACGCUCUCUUUGUCCAAGAAUGACGAGAAGAAGAUGGUCGGGCCUCCCCUUUUAUGUCUGGGCGGGAGUACCGCCAGAUUAGAGGAGACCGGCUUGAGUAAAGUCAAGCCGAGACAGGAGACCGGCACCGACACGGGCCAGAGCAGUGCCGAACCGGAAGUCAAGGGAGAGAGUAAAGCGGACAAGAGCAUGCCCAUCCUGGAGGAGAGCCCGAGCAAGACCAAGAGCACCAACACUGUCGAAAACAAGUCCACCUCCACCUUACCGACCUUGAAAGCGGAGGAGGUCAAAGGGGUCGCAUUUCAGCCUUGCAAGCAGGGCUCUGGGCAGCCUCCGGAGGGUAAGUGCGACGCCGGGACAAAGUGGGACGACGACAGAGACAAGGGGGAGGACGUGAGAAACUCUUCUCUGUCUCCGGCCGAGCUGGAGGAGAGGAGACGCGAGAAGCAGCUGGAGCUGAACCGGGAGUUCGACAGACUGCUCUUCAGCACCAAAAACCCGAGCGCUGCCAAGCCAAAUGAACAAAAACCGCCUGUGAUAUCAAAUGACUCGAAGCACAUACCGUUUAAGUUAACGAAUGCAGCUGCCAUGAAGUACAAUAAGGUCUACGAUGCCAUCAAAGCCACCAAGUCCCUCAAUUACGUGACUACACAGAGGGACGGCUGGCACAUCAACAGCAUCGUUGGUUCUGCGAAGCCAGAGAAGACUUUGGCGUCCGUGAUUCAGGCCAUGCCUAUCGCCACGCUGGUGGAGAGCAAGGACGUCGUCGUCUUCGACAAAAGCAAGACCAAGAACAGCACACAAGGGGUUGCUCCUCCUCCUCCUCCUCCAGAUGACAAUCAUAAAGAGGCAUCUAAAGUAGAAGAUAGGAGUAAGGAAUCCGUCGGUGAUAGCACGGAGCAAAAAGAAGUACAAGCCACCUGUGAUGAUCGUCUCUCUGUCAAGAACAAGUCCGAUUCGGAUUUGUCGCCGAUCGAGAAGGCAGUUAGCCGAGGCAGCAGCACCCUAGGUUCUAAGUUGAUCAGAGACUGUGUCGUAGAGAAGGUGUUUUCCCGCGAGCCCUCGUCUCUGCAAGAGAGGGAAAACCAUCCCAGCAAGUCGAGCAGAGAGACUGAGACGAAUACAGAUGCAUUGCCAGUGAAGGAAGUAACUCCGAAGAAUCAGAGCAAAGAAAUCAGUUAUGCAAAGAACUUGAACAGCGUCCUGACGUCUAGAACAGUCAUCCACGACACUGGGACGGAGAAGAAAUCUGGCGAAAGCCUUUCCAAGAAGAACGUAGCCAAAGAAACGAAUGCAAGCAAGAGAAUCGGUCUCAGUAUGCCCGACUUGGAGUGGAACUCGUACAAAGUUGAAAGCUUGGUGGAGAAGAAAUCAGCAAAGGAAGGAGAGACCGAGAGUAAGGUCAAGAAGGACUCCGCCAAAGACAACAACCACACGUCCAAAGCACCGCCCAGAAGGGAAACCACACCAGGCAAAGCCAAAGAUCUUGAAAAGAGAUCUGGGUCGACCUCCAGCUCAAAGAGCGAGAGGGAGUCAUCUGUAGCCAAGUGUCUGAGCGUGGAUUCCCUCGUUGAGAAGGCGCCCAAAGAACCGGGUGAUAGAAGAAUCGGUGAUAAACUUGAGCCUGGCUUCCAUGAUAGGAGUAUCCCCCGGCACUUGAACGAAAUCAAGUCCAGUAAAGAAUCAGAGAAGAAGCCCAAUAAACUGAACUCCGAGAAGAAGGCCAACAGGAACGAUUUCCACUUGAAGUUGGGCAAAGAAGGGAAUAAUAUCGAGAAAUCCCAGGACAAGGGCAGCAGGAAUGUCUACGAAGAGAAGAAGCUGGUGAGGGACUCCUUCGGUGGCAAGAAGACGAAUGUGGAGAAUAAGCCAAACAAGGAGCACAGUCCCAACAAGUUCAUGAGGGACGGGCUGGAGAAACGUCCCCAACUGAGCUUUGAGAAGGAGCUAAGUUCCGCGGAGAUGACCAUAAUGGACAAGAGGUUUGGCAAGAGUCACCACGGGGAGAAGGGUGGCCUUGAUAAGAACAGCAACAGCAGUGCUUUCGAGAAGGGCUCAAAAGACAGGAACUCCAACGACAGAAAGCAGGGCAGCAAAGACGUGGGGGCUCGUGAUCGGUUGAGUGAGGUAGUUUUAGAGAAGAGUGUGUCUAAAGACAAAGUUGUGGGGGAGAGAAAAGUGCAUAAACAUGACAGUCCAGAAAAGAGACUGAACAGAGACUUUACGGGGUUGCACGAGAAAAUUCUGAAAGACAGGACUCCAGAUAAGAGGGCCAACAUUGGUUUGUCGCCCCAAAAACACUUAGAGAGUGUGGAGAGGUUACACGGCAAAUUGAGUGCGAGCGAUAGGAAAGUGCACUCGGAUGUGCACGGCGAUAGAAAACAGGGCCGUGGCUUUGGUUUGGAUCCCUCCCACGAAAGAAACUUUGAGGGGAAAAAGUCACUGAGCGAAGUGUUUGUCGAGAGGAGAAGUGCGAAAGAUUCGGUGUUCAAUCAUUGUGGUGACAGUGUCAGCGUCAAAGAUCACGGCAUCAAGGAGAAGAGAACGAAGGACCACGAUGUGGACAACAAGCAUUUCAGUAGAGAACAGGAGGUGGUCAGGGUUAGGAAAAAUAAUGAUGCCGAAAAGAAACAGGACAGAGACCACUUUAGUGAGAGUAGAUUAGAGUGUGAAGCGCGUUUUGACCACAGGUUGGGGUCGGAGUGUGGGUCCGAGAGAAAGUUUUCCAGAGAGAGUGCGAAGGAGAAGAAGUCUUCUUCUUCCUCGUCCCGCGAGAUGCCUCACCUGGUGCACAGUGGCAGUGGCAAGGGAGACUCUCUCGCUGCGUCUGAGGGGACUUCAAACUGCCGGGACUAUCAGGGGGAGAAGUAUGUCGGUAGUUAUAACGAAUAUUCUAAGCUGUCCAAAAUUCAAAGACCCGUCGACACGUCCGGGGAGCUCGCCGGCAUGCCAAAGCUAGACCGCAACAGCUCCACGGACUCGCACUGCAAGCUAAAGUUACCAAGUAAGACUGCGUGCGUUGGUGUGGGUGAGAGGGACAGGGACAUUAGUAGACCUGAGCACAGGAAACAGGGCCUCGCCCUGAGAGAGGGCGACUGCCCGGACCACAAGAGUAGUAAAGUGAAUGCCAAGUGUAAAUGUGAUAAAAAUUUGUACGUCUGUCCCACCAUAGCAGAUGUCGUCAAGGGGAGGGAGAGGAGAAAAAGCACAGAUCUAGACAAGCCCAAGGGCAAGAGCAAAGGGAAGCUGUUCCGGGACGAGACGUCGACAGACAGCGAGAGCUCGGAGGAGCUGAACGAGAAGGUUGACCUCGAUACGGAGCAGACCCAGACAUUCAAUGUCAGCGAAAGCAACUUCAAUCAGGGCAGACUGACCAUGAAGAUCGCAGCCAUGAAGAUGGCUAAGUUUGGCCAGACCGGACUGAGAGAGGUCACGGGGGGCGUCCUCCCCACGAGAUCCGACCUCCUCCUGCCGCCUCGCCUGGAGAACAUGAGUAUGUCCUUCAGCCCCUUUAGGAGGCCUAGGGCGGCCUUCCAGAAGGGCCAGGCGGUCGGUUCUUCCAGUCACUCGGAGACGCACAAGGUUAAGACGGCGGCGGAGCGGAAGACCUACUCGGACGCCCUCCCGCCCAACGGCACCAUUCGCUCGCUGGCGUCGCAGCGGAAAAAGGGUGGUGGAGCCAAGGGAGAGAUGAGAGUUCCCGCAGCGUCUGUUUACCACCGGUCAGUAGGCAUCAGCGGAGCCAGCGUAGGGGUGGCGGCGACCCCCACCUCCCACCAGCACAUCGACCACGAUGAGGAACAGCUUUCCCGGCUCGCUCACCACCUUUCUCAGAUCUCCAGCGACCACGACGGCCUUCAGGUGUUGGACCAGGAGGACCUGGCAGCCCUACUACCUGAUGUAAGCAGUGGUAGCGGACACCAGGAUGGCUCUUCGGUCUCCCUCGACGGCUUCACGGACGACGUGGUCGUGUCCCGGACCGGAUCGGACACGGAGGGGGAGGAGCCGGGCUCCGACGUGGGCGGGGACGAAGAGGAGGAGGAGGAGGAGGAAGAAGAGGAAGAGGAGGAGGAGGAAGAGGAAGAGGAGGAGGAGGAGGAGGAGGAAGAGGAAGAUGACCUUCCGGACGUCAUCGUCCGGGAAGCCAUCAACUCGAUGGCCAUCGGAGAAGAGGCGGCUCUCAAGUUCAACACCGUCCUCAUGGACGACUUGGAGGACGUGGAGAGCCGGAGCAGUAGGUCACACCACCACCAUCACCACCACCACUCCUCCCAGACACCUCAGUCCCAAGGCAGAGGGAUGGCUCACCACCAACACCAGCAGAGGAAUGCCAAGAGCCCCAGGGCGGAAUAUCGCCAGAGGGAGGAGAAGGAGAGCGGGGACAAGAAGAGGCGCUCCCGUGCCCCUCGGCUGAGCACGGCAGGUGGAAAGGAGAGCGGCGGCAAUCUGGAGGACGACCCGGACCCUCCCACCAUGCCGGAGUUGGAGAGCUACGUCACCUUGGACUGCAACGUUUCCAACGUCUCACCUGACAGCGGGAUCCAGAGUGUUACUGGGUCACCCCUGCAUCACAUUGGAUCCCCGCCGCAGCACAAUUCUCCGCUGUACAGCAGCGGGAAGAGAGCAGACGUGUCGGGAACUCAUGCCAGGCCGUACUCCCCCCUUGCCCCGCAGGAUUCCCCGCCCCCUCCCACCUUACAGCCUGCCGUCACUCCGCCCCACCUGUUGAGUUCGCCCCACUAUGACUACGACUCUCCCAACUCCCCCCAGAUGCCAGCACUCAAGUGCCAGAUCGACCCCCCUCCUCCUCUGCUGCUGGCAGAUGCUGCCAAGAGAGACGGCAGCCUGCAGGAGCAGGAGACGACGAAGAAGAGAGGCCGUCCCAAGAAGGAUCCGGACAAACCGAGGAGACCCAGAGGAAGGCCGAAAGGUUCCAAGAACAGGAGCCAGAAGCCAUCCGCCGAAGAAACCCAGGACCACCUCGACAUGAAGAACGAAUCCCGCAGAUCUUUCGAAAGAACGGACGGCUUCGCCUGCGAAAGGACCGAGCCUGGCGGUGGCGGUAGCGGUAGCAGUAGCAAUAGCGACCCGCCCAUCUUGACCGGCUGCAAUGACGAUUCGUGGCGAACGAAUGACGACGACAGCGAAGAUCUCCCGCCUCCGCCGGAACCCAUUCCUCCCUUGAGGCGUGGACCUGGGAGACCUAAGAAAGUUCCCCCGGUGUUAGAGCCCAGCGUUCCCCUCCAAGAAGCCCACGUGAAGAAAGUACAAAAUGAGCACAGAGCCGCCGAGUCUCCUUGUGCCGACGACAGUGCCAAUCAUUCUAGUGCCAAGUCUCAAGAUCCGUUAGUUAGUUGUACUCCAUCCAAUUCUGUAAAUAAUAAUAAAAUUAGUAAACCGGCCGCCGACAACGUACUCAAGGAGAAGAGGCCGGUUGGCCGGCCUAGAAAGUACCCCAAGAGAGAGGACGUUGGCUCCGCAAACAACCUGCCUUCCACCGCUGCCAGCAAGAAGUGCUUCAGCGAGCGCAUCAUGCACAAGAUCAUCAAUGAGAAGGUCCGCAACAGUGAGAAGUCCGAUAAAUUAUCUGUCCGCGUCAAGGAUGGCAGUGCGGAGUCAGUGGGGGAUCCUUACGCAUUCUGCGACCAGGCUGGCUUGGGGAUGCAGGGGGAAGGUGGGAGCGAGGAGAGGAAGCGGAAAAAGACCAGGACCAGCGAGGGAAUACCCAUGGAAGGGAAGAAGAGGAGAGGCAGAAAGAAGGAGCUGCCGGCCAUCUUCGAGAAGGUGUACGGUAGUCAGGAGCUGAAGACCAAGAUCAAGAGCGAGAACGGCAAGCCGUCGGUCUGCGCCGUGACCUUGCCCAUGAAGCAGGUGCACAAAAAGAAAAAGAAGAAGCCGAAACACUUCAAGAGCAAGCACAAAAACAUUGUGGACCCAGUCUUCCUCGCUGACUUGGAGGACUUGACGCUGGGUAUUCAGCAGUGCUCGAUAUCCAAGGUCCCCUUCGUCCUGCAGACCAAGCCCGGAGAGGUGCUACUCCCAUCAAUAUUCCGCUUGAGAAAGGUGUCCUUGGCGGCAGCCAAGAAACGUAGAGGCAGUGAAAAGACUAGAACAAGCGACAGAGAAUCGGGAACAGAGGGCGAGAGCGGAAAAGAGAAAACAUCCGGGAAGAGGAAGAAGAAGAUGCAGGAGAUUCCUAAACAGGGGAAAGAGCGGACGGAGGCUAAUGAGCAGAGACUGCCACUGAAGAAGCGUCACCGCCACAUUUCCACAGCAGUACCUGCAAUGCCCGAGCCCCCAAAAGUUGAGAACCUGAAGAACGAGGUUGCCAUUGCCAAAAUGGCCGAGAAGGAAGUCCGAACCGACAAGCCGGAGAGGGAGAAGACCGAGAAGAUUGAUCUAAGGGAGGAGAAGUGUCCUCUACCAAAGACACCCCUGAAUAGCGAAGAGCCAAAGUCCAUAGCCAUAGAGAGCAAGAUCGCGGAACCUCCUUGCGAGGAAGCCAUGCGCAAGAAGAGCGAUGAACCGGUGCCUCUCGGCAACAGUGCCGUUGCUAGCGUGGAAACCGUACCCAAGACAGCGACUCCCGUCGUCAAGGAAACGACCGUGAGUGUCGCGGACAUCCUGAGCUUUAAGGCCAGUGAGAUCGAGAAGGAUAACGAGAAGCCUCCUGCCAUAUUAAAUGUACCUGAACCCAGUCUGAAGAAACCGGUGGUGGACCCAGUCCCGAAUGUGAUAAGAGAGCCGACUGCCCCUGCCGCAAAUACCAGUGAAUCCGUGGAGCCCUCCUCUGCGAACCGACCUGUUGAGCCAUUACUCAACAUAAGCUUAGAGCCACCUAUGCCAAAAACCGUUGAGACUCCGAUCAAGGAGGCUGUAGAACCCUUAGUGUCUAAACCUGUAGAUAUUACUCUUAGUAAGCAUAUGGAAAAGAAGGAGCAACCCAUACCAGUGACGAAUGAGGUGGUGAUAUCAACCCGGACUGCGACAACUACACCAAAGAAAAGGCACAGGCUGGAGGUCGACUUGGCCAACACACCGACCGCCAAUACCAGAGCCACUGCGAACCUGACAAAAGGGAAAACAGACUUGCCGAAAGCCAAAGAGAAAGAAUCCCCGGUGAAGACUUCUCCGUCUAAGACCCCCCGUGGGGCCAGAGACCACCCAGGAGUUGUCAAAGAAGCACAACCUGUGCUAACGCCCACGAAGCCGACUAAGCCAGAGGAGGAGUUGCCGACUAACACCGUGCCUGCCGUUGAAACUCCCGUUACAAAGCCUGAGGAGAAAGCAGAGGACAUUAAGACUCCAGAAGAAGUGAAGGAAGACAACAACGAAGCAGUUAAAGAAACUGCUGCUGCUGCUACUGUUCUUCCUGUUGUGCAGCCCUCUCCUCCUCCUCCCCAACCUCCUCCUGCUGUUGCUUGCGAAACGAACGACCUCUCCAAACAUAAUUCUGGGACCCACUCAGACAGCGACAUACCCAGUGAACAUGAGCCUCUCUACGAGAGCGAUCAGAGUGGUUUCAUGUCUGACAAGGAAGGUCCCAAAGAAGUUCCAAGGAAGGUUCCCCAGAAGAGAAGGAAGAAGAAGAGGGAGUUGCGUUCGCCCGUCCCAAAGGUGACCGACAAACCGACGCCAGCGGAAGUCCCCGAGGACAACGAGCCACCACCUGAGAAGCGGAAGAAGAGAAUGAAGAGGAGGAAAACCAACCGCACUGGGUUCCCGACAGUCAGACGGAAAAAACGGAAACCCAAGGACCCAGAGAAUGGGGAACAGAAGGAGAGCGACAGUGAGGAGAAGGUUGACGGUGAAAAGAGAAGCGUCAGCAUGGAAGACCUAUCCGGUGAACAGAAGCCAAAUGAUGCUGAGGUGGAGAAAGUCGCUGAAAGCGACAUCAAGCCUACCACAGAGACACCUAGUGAAUCGGCAGGCAGUAACACCGUGACCGCCUCAGAGAAUGUACCUUGUAAAGGAGAGGCGACUGAAGAGGAGAAAUCUUUGGAGACAGCGCCACCAAAAGCCGCACCCAGGCCGAGAGGAAGGCCCAAGAAGAUCAGCCAGGAGAGAAGUCAGUCGUCCAGAACGUCAUCAAAGUCUCCAUCUCAGUCUCCCGAGAAAAACACGAAACAGCUACGAGAAUCGUUGCGGGACAAGAGGAUGGCAAACAGAGCAGCAAACGCAUCUGGCGGAGAGAAGAAAUGCGAGUCAGAACAGGACGAACAACAGCUGGAGAAGAUUUUGGAGAGGGUCGCGACUGGCAUUGGAGGAAGGACGAGGAAGAAGCGAGAUUUGAGUGAAGAGAGUGCAAAAGCCACUCAGUCAGAAGGGAAGAGAAUGAGGAGGCAUUUGGAGGAUGACAUCGAGGACAUGGAUGCCAUCAUUCUCUCGUCGGAGAGUAUGCCCAGCAGCGAACCUCCGUCUGGCGACGAGAGCAGCCGCACAGUACCUGGCAAACGGAAAGUCCCCAGAUGGAGAAAGAAGUACCUGGUUGCUGGCCUUUUCUCCGAUUACUACAAGGAAGAAGAACCGAGACGGAAGAACGGGGAGAUGCUGCUGCCAAAGAACAAGUUGACAUAUGACCCCGAAGAGCACAUCCAUGGCCUCCUGCCUCCGCCGUGCUACUGCCGGAAGUGGUUGAGGGAAAGGCAAAUCGAUUUUGUCUUGCCUUACGACUUGUGGUGGCUGCACGAGCACAACAUGCUGCCAGGGAGGGAUAUCGUGCCCUCGUGGAAUUACAAGAAGAUUAAGUCAAACGUUUAUUACGAUGUAAAACCCAACCAUGACUAUGAGAUUCAAGCCUGCAACUGCAAACGUCCCACCAAACCAGGCGAAAUCGGAUGCAACGAUGAUUGCAUCAACAAGAUGAUGCUGAUCGAGUGUUCUCCCCAGACGUGCCCGGUUGCCGAGUACUGCAGCAACCAGCCAAUCCAGAGGCACGAGUGGCGUACCUGCCUGCAGCGCUUCAUGACCCCCAACAAGGGCUGGGGGAUCAGAACCACUGAGAAGAUCAAGGCAGCAUCCUUCAUCUUGGAGUAUGUCGGGGAGGUGGUGAGCGAGAAGGAGUUCAAGCACAGGAUGCAGACGAAGUACGCCAACGACACCCACCACUACUGCCUCAACCUGGACCGUGGGAUGGUGAUUGACGGCCACCGCAUGGGCGGAGACUCUCGCUUUGUCAACCACUCGUGCGACCCCAACUGCGAGAUGCAGAAGUGGUAUGUGAACGGUCAGUACAGAAUGGCUCUCUUUGCCCUGAAGGACAUUGACGAAGGAACGGAGUUGACUUACGACUACAACUUCUCGCUCUUCAACCCGGCCGAGGGCCAGGAGUGCAAGUGUGGUUCCGAGAACUGCCGAGGUGUGAUUGGUGCUAAGUCUCAGAGGAUCAAUGGAAUAGUAGACGACAAGAAAAAGAUUCCCAAGAAGGAGCUCGGAAAGAAGCGUAAACGUGGCACGACGGUGGAAGCCGAAAGCAACAGCUAUUUACCCCGCCCACACUUCACUCCAAUUAAGCCACUGUCUCAUCAGCAGCAAGUGUUCAUCCUAACGCACAGGUGCUUUUUGAUUCGCAACUUGGAGAAGGUCAAGAAGUCGAGAGACCGCCUCACCCGCUGCCCAGAGAAGAAACCAGAGGACGUCUUAGACGACCAGGAAGAACCCAGCACGCGGGUGGAGAAGUUCCUGACCCACUUCACUGCAUUGAACACCGCGCGGUCUGUCAAGACGCGGCGUUUGGCGCAGGCAGAAGACGAUCCCGAGAUGACCAGAUUAGCCAAGCUAGCGCAAAUUUUCAAGGACAUCUUCGACAAGUUGGUCGCUUCGAGAGAUAGCAAAGACAAGCCUUUAGCCACUCCAUUCAUGACACUGCCUUCGAAGAAGAAACAUCCAACUUAUUACGUGAGAAUAGGCGAACCCAUAGAUUUAGCUAUAAUCGAGAAGAACAUCCUGACGGGACACUACAUCACAGCGGAAGCAUUUGAUCGCGACGUCAUGCGGCUCUUCGCCAACAACCUCCGGUUCUUCGGACGGAACACGGAGGUCGGUCAGAUGGCCGUCGGCUUGCGGAGAGUGUACAGCGAGUGCAAACUGCAGUUCAAGCCACUGUUGGAGGAAGUAUUGGGGGAGGAUGCCCUCCCACCGGCAUUCGCAAACUCCAGCCCCAACGAGGAGUUUGAAGACGAGGACGUCAUCCGCUGCGUGUGCAACCUGCACAGGGACGAGGGUGUGAUGAUCCAGUGCGAGAGGUGUCUCGUCUGGCAGCACUGCGAUUGCAUGGGGGUCACAGACUCGCCAGAUCACUAUCUGUGUGAGGAGUGUUCGCCCCGUCUCAUCUCCCCCGAAGUGCCCAUGAAUCCGCAGCCACCGGAUGCCCCUAAAGACCACAAGUACUUCAUCACGCUGCUAAGGGAUAAUCUGCAGGUGAAACAAGGUGACAGCGUUUACAUUCUGCGAGAUCGCCCAGCCCAGAAAUCUGGGGAGAGGAGACAGCCAGCUUAUAGACUCAUCAAAGAUGUCAAGCCACAUGACCUUCUCAUCUUUAAGAUCGAGAAUCUUUGGAUUGAUGAAAAGGGCGACAAAUUUGCCUUCGGCCACCACUACCUGCGUCCGCACGAGACGUUUCAUGAGCCUUGGCGCAAGUUUUUUCCCAACGAAGUCAUCCGCUCUCCCUUGUGUGAAAUCCUGCCCCUGGACAUGGUUGUCAAUCACUGUUGGGUGCUAGAUUUCAACAGCUAUUGCCGAGGACGGCCCAUCGGGGCCCAGGAAGACCACGUGUACAUCUGUGAAUACCGAGUGGACAAGGGAGCUCGCGUGUUCUCCAAGAUCAGCAAGCCAAAGUACCCCAUCUGCAUCAAACCGUACGCUUUCAUCACCUUUCCCGAGAGGCUACGACCUCAGCGCACGUACACCCCACACGAGGUGAUAUCGAGCAGCCGAGGCCGCAGCAGCGGAGGGGGAGGGGGAAGUGGAGGAGGAGGAGGAGGAAGCGGUAGCUUCAAUAAAGAAUGCCAUGGACUGGAAGAAUGUAACUACACCUCCAGCGUCGGAAGCAGUAGUAGCAGCAAUUCCAGCAGUUCCGGCAGCUGUCCUCCGAACAGUGGGGCCACCGCAAGCGGCGGUCCCACCCCCACCAGCAAGCAGAACAACAACACCCCUGCUGCCGUUUCUGUGGCGAAUUCGACAAGCGAGGGCGGGGCUACCGGUGGCGCUAGCAGUGGCACUCCGGCCAACCCCAACAGGAGCAGCAAGUCCAGGGGAAUGCAGCCGCUGUCCGACGAGAUUGACGACCACAUUCCACUGGCCACCUUUAGGGCCGAAGCCACUGCCCAGAAGCGCGCCAAGAAGAGAAUACGAGUGAACGGCGUCGCAACAAACCUGCUGAACAAGAUGCCCACGAAGGGGGCAAUCGACUUGAGCUACCUGCUCGAGAACAACAAGAGACAGCGGAAGAAGACUGCAGCCUUCGCCUCCUGAGAUUGGCUGAUUGGCUGGAACGGCCAACUCACACUAAAGGAACUUGAGUGGCAGGAUUAAUGACUACACGAUGGAGUUAGAAGUGCCGACGUCAGAAAAAGAGUUGUUGCCGUCUCUCCGCGGGACGGGAGACGCUGGGGGCGCACCGCCAGACAUUUCUUGGCCAUUUUUUAUUUUCCUUUCUUGAAAUGGUGCUGAAGUUGAGAAAAGUAGUUAAGUCAUUUCUUAUAGCGUACAAAGUCGAAGGUGCGUCUCGCGCCUUGCCGCCUGCGGGGGGGAGGAACGACGUUCUCUGAAGGCGCAGAGCGGAGCGGAGAGAGAAGUUGACGAUCAAAUGCUUACCUAAAAAAGAUUGCUUUCCCGAAGCCGACUUCGGGGCAAUCUCCUUUCAAAUUAGCUUUAACUGUUAAACCUUAAGUUCGUAUGACAAUGCGACUUGCCGUCUUGAGACUCGUUUGUAUGAUGAAGUGUUGAAGUGAAGUUUUUCCUUCUUUUACUUGGGUUCAAAUGUCUUACAUAAGUAGUGAAUAAAGAUAUGCUCCAUUUGUUCAAAGACAGAGUAAUGAAAACUGCAGAUAUCUAGAGAAGGGGCCAAAAUUUCAACUUCGGAAACAUUUAUGCAGUGUAAAUAUAUCAAGAGAGUUCCAGCAGUGACUUGAGCAUGUUGAAGAAGGAGUGAUUUAUUUUGGUAUAUAUUUGUAGAAAGUUUUGUGUCAUAUUUCAGGUGUAGUGGAUCUGACAAUGAAUACAUCAGAAAUUAUUCCUAUGGAAUGACGUACAAUGUAAAUAUUUGAUCAAAUUGGUCUGAUCAUUUUUUUUUCUUUUUGUUUGUUUGGUAGAAGAGAGUCAAAGGUUAGCCUAGCCUGUACAAGCUGAUUAAUAUUAUUAGUGUAAAAAUAAAAAAUCGUCUUCGUAAAGUUAGUUGCUGUGACGGAUUUCUCGUUGGACGUCUGGUAGAUCUCUUCGAGUUGGAAGUUUGAGGGAUGUUUGGUUGUUGGGUAAUUUCGUAUUGGUGAGUGGAGUCUUUGAAACAUGACAGUUUUGAGAAUUGUGCACACGCGCGUACACACCUUGUCUCUGUAUGUAGGCGAUGACGUCGGUUUUUAAACGCUGGGUGUGCGACCGUACUUAAAAAUGCUGAGAGCAGGCCAGUGCUUCAAGGGAGGUCCUUAGCAGGUAUGUGAAUAUAUCUGUGCGGCACCCAGGCAUAUCCCUUUUUUACGCCAGCGGUUUUUAGUGCUCUAGCAAACCCAAUAUUGUCGGGAGGUCUCUCUCUUUAAAGAGACACCCUUUUUAAGUGUACAUAGUCAUUUUAAUUUACAUUCGAACGGCAGUUUUUUUAUAAAUAUAUAUAUAUUAGAGAGAAAGAGAGAGAGAGAUCUUCACCACCGCUUAGUCAUCCGCAGCAAUUGAGGAGGACGGCUUCUUCUAAAUGGGAAAAAAAACACACACACACAAGCGAGGAGAGAGAGUGAUUAUUAAGUACGUCAGUCAGUCGCUCGAGCACACCCAUCUCCCGGAAGAUAUUUUGCUUUUGUCGCGUAAGAGUACAAAUGUUUUUUACUAGCCUAUUUGAGCAAGAGAGAAAGCGAGAGAGAGAGAGAGAGAGAAAGAGAUAGAUAGCAAGCAAAAUGCUUUUUUUCGUAGGAUAACUAGUCAUUGAAUGUCCUUCCAUCUUAGAGUAACCCCCCUUCCCCCCCUCCUCCCUAUUUCCCACACACGUACAAGUACAGUACGUCGAAUUUGAGGUAGCAUCUUUCAAGACGGCGGUAUCAGAUACUGUUUCAAAUGCCGAGAGUAUGUAAUACUCGUUGAGAACAAUUUUCGUAUUGUAAAUUACGCUGUAAAUCAAAAAAGAAAAAAAAAAGAAGAGAAGAAUUUUGUAUAAAAAAACUUUUUGCAAAAAAGAAUUUUUGUAUAUGUAUAAUCUUUGAUCAUAAGUACAAGGAUUUUUUAAGUUAUUUCAUUGAGAUUUUUAAUAUAUAUACUUUUAAUAAUGAAUUUUAAAAUAGUAAUAAUAAUGAUAAGAAGAAUGAUGAUGAUAACGGAUUUAAAACUGAGUCAAUCUUCUGGUUUCCCUCGAUUAUCUGUACAUAUUGUUUGUGAGAGGAGAGCGAAGGAAGAGACAGAGAGAUGCUGUGCAUUGUUGUGUGUAUCAUAUAAAGAGAGAAAAAAAAGGACUAUUUUUAUAAUAACCUGUCAGGCAGCUCUUUUGUUCAUGUUGUUAUAAACGGUGUUGUACACCUCUUGAUGUUUCUCCAAAUGUUGUGUUUAUGUUUGCGUGUUUGUCUGCAUCGCUCGCUUGCUUGGCGAGCGAUCGAGAGAGAGAGAGAGAGAGACUGAGAGAGAGAGAGAAAACCUAGAACAUAUAUGUGGCCAUCGGCAGUUUUUUAUUUUUUUAACGAAAAAGAGAGACAUUUGUAUUAUCAAACCGUUUCUCGCUUUCUCGGUGAUGCCUCCUUUUUUUUUUUUUUUUUUCCCACGAGUUUUCGUUUGUUUUCAUCGUCUCUCUCGUUGGUUCCACUGUAUCAGACAAGGCAGGCGGAGUUCUCUGGGGUCAAGCGGAUUUUUUCAAGCUAAACUCACUCCCUGUUGCGUAUCACAUUUCUGUUCAACAUUCGUCAGUCAGCAGACCUUUUCCGGUUAUUAUUUUUUUUCCUCAUUUUUCAGAUGUAGAUAAGUAUAUGAGAUUUCAUUGGCAGAAACCCUUUUCAGUAGGACUUUUGAAAAAAUUUAUAAAGAAUGAAAUAUUGCCAUUACAAGAAUUAUUGUUGUACGAUACAUUACUGUACAGAAGUUGAGAUUAUGAUUAAUGUAUAAUGCAAAUACCUUGUUGUACAGAUUAUUCUCCUUCAGAACUUUCUUCCAAGAGGACUAAAAACAAAAAAACAAAAAAAAGCAGCUUGCAUUCCAUGUGUUACCCCCAACCCACAAAUACCCCCACCCAGUCCCCCUUCCCUGACAAAUCCAUGAAACGGGACGCGAAAAACAAGUUCGUGUUCCCAUAUGGUACCACAGAUGAUUAUUCUUUGGACGAGAGAGCGAUAAAAGAGAUAGAAAGAGAGAGAGAGAGGGGUAGAGAGUGAUAGAGAGAGAGAGAGGGAGAAAGAGAGCCAGCAAGAGGAAAGGACCUACACGUACGUCCAUUCAUUCUGCCGCCUUCAGUCUAUCUCUCCCUCCCUCUCUCUCGCUCGCUCGCUCACUCGCUCGCUCUCUUUCCUGCCAGUCCCUUCUUCCCCUGUUAUUAUUACGAUUGUCCUGCGUCAUUGUCCACUCUACCUAUAAUUGUAGCGUCGUCUCCCAACAUCUUUUUUAUCAUCACUCACAAUAGGGUUAAGCAGAUACAACACUACCAUUAGUUUUUGAAAGCUUUUUGUCGGUUAUUUGCUGUUGAGAGCAUCUGGGCAUCGUUCUUAAUGAGUGUGUGUUGCAUUGUUCAGUAGGAGCUCUCAUCGAUAGGUAAGUGAUAGGGGCACACAACAGGUCAGUUGGUAUUAUACUGUGGCCUGUGGUGGUCAAAAAGAAAGAGAGAGAGAGAGAAAAAGAUGGUAGAUCCGCGGGCCUGUGUCACUUUGCUAUCCAUGGGCGUACUCACCUAAGCAGUUUUACAAUUUGCCUCUAGUUAUAUACUUAUUUGUUGUUGGGAGGUCUUCUGUGUCAUAGAUUUUAAAAUUUAUGUUAUCCUGUUCCCCCCCCAUGCCCUUCCCCUCCCCCUCCCUGUCCCUUACCCAUCCUCCUCCUCCUCCUCCACCACCACCACCUCCUCUUUCCCCCACCCCUAACCCCCCAUGUACAAGUGCUGGGAAGGUGCAUACUUCUCCCUCGUUUACAAAGCAAAACCACUUUUUCACUGCGAGAUUAUUGUGCGUCGUUCAGCGGAAUUCACACGAAAUUUCUUCCAUGCAAUAGCCCAAUAUGCACCUUCCCUUAUCUCAGGACAUAAUGUUCAUUUGUACAUAACCAUAAAUUUCAUCUCAAAAUAAAUUAUAAUUUUAAUGA